UGCAGCCCAUUUGAUGUCAAAUAAAAACUGACGUCUACGUUCUAGGUUAUGUUUUUAAGUAAUUUGCAAAAAAUAUGUUAGAAAAAUGAACGAGGAAAUUGACGAAACGGAAUUUUAUCACCAAGAUUUUACAACAGCCUCCGAAUGGGAAAUUUUUAUUGCGCGCAUCGAAGAAAUUAUAAACCAGUGGAAGACAGAAGAAUUAAAGGACGAGGCAGCAGAUACUGAACUGUUUGGCGAAAUUUGGAGCAUCAAGAGCGAAAACCUGUCUUUCGUUGACGUCGAUUUCAAGUUAACUUUUCUCAGAAAACAAUCCACAUUGUCCAAAGUCGAAGACAAUGAAGAAACCAAGAAAAAGAACCCUUUUGACACCAUGUACGAUUUUGAGCUCUACAAUUCUAAGAACACAGUUGAGCACUCCUGUCUCAGCAAGUGGUACGGCAUUGACGAGUACAUAGUCCUAAGUCCCUCCGGAAAUUUUGGAAUAAAUUCAGAAAGUAGGAUCAAAGUCUUGCUAAGUUCCGUCUACGUUGCGUCAGCUAACUCGAAAUGUGAAACCCCGAUUUUUGUGCAAAUUAGAGAAAAGUGGCAGAAUUGCUACUUGGGCGUUUACGAGUCUGAAUCCAUAAGAACCAAUCUGGAGAUGGUACAUUUGAAAACAAGCCCGCGACUGUACCAGUAUUUGUCAGGUCUUUUGGAAAUGUUCAAAUCAAAAAUCCUCUCCCCCAUGACGAUGACAACUAUAAUGGUUUCCUUGCAAUCAAGCUACACUUUAACCGACUUUGGUAAUUUCGUGUGGAAGCAGGAUUACAUAAACUCCGACAGUGACCACUUCGAUAGCACAGACGUAUGCAGUGUCCCCUUUGGCGUAACAAUCGACCCAAUCGAGUCAAUAAUUCUUAAAACUUCGUGGUCGCAUCUAAACCACCGUGCGGUCAGAGACAGCGAAAGUUACAGCGAUUUUGACCCGAUGUUGGCCGCAAAAUGGACAAUGUUGAUCACGACCGCCGAACAACCGCUUUGUUUGCUUGGGGAAUGUUUGACGGAGUUUUUACACUUAUUAAACAACUCGUCCUCGACGUACGACGUCCUGGGCGAGUUUGCGUCUUCAGCAACGGCAGCCGCUGAUGUCAGCAAUCCCUUGGAUUUACUAACAGAGCCCAAGGUACCGACAAUCUCAAGUUUACUCACUAGAGCGGCAAGAAAUUCGCUAACGAAGAAUAGGAGAGGCGUGGCACCUCUGUCUGAAGAGAUUUUAGUGCCGAUUCUGUACUUUUUAUUUCCCGACGCGGAGGAAGACUCCCCACAUGUCUAUAAGGAAAUGUUCAAUAGCAACCCCAGCAAUCCACCGCAGACUGAAGAGAACGUUUUUAAUCUCGAUUAUGAAUGUCGAGGCUUCAAAACAUGCCCUUCUGACUCUUUGAUCUGGCGAUUGUCAAUCGUCUUGGGCCACGCUCUGCAAUCUCUUGGAGGCAUUCGGGCCUUUGCGCACCUGUGGUUCGAAUUCGCCCAAGAAAUGAGGUACAGAUGGGAGAAGAGCAUUCCAAUUCCAGGACUUUUGCCCGGCUACCCCGACUUACGCACCAGCCUCUUACACCAAAAACUCCAAAUGCUGAACUGCUGCAUUGAGCGAAAACAGGCCCGCGAGAACACCACCACCACCUUCGAUUCGGCCGAAGGCUCCUCCACCGACGAGGACGAGUUCUUCGACUGCGCGGACAAACCGGAGGAAGAGACUCGGAAAAAAGAAAAAUACUCCCUGUGGAACCAACCCGUGGGCCGCCUCGGGAAGUUUAACAAUUUGAAAUUACUCAAAACCGGCGACCCCCUCUACAUCCCCGUCACCCAGGAGCCCGUCCCCAAGAGCGAGGACCAGCUGGAGGAGGACACCGACGUCCUGCUCAAGCUGGGCUCCGACGCCCAGGGCUCCGAGCUCCGGGCCAAAAUGAUGAGCGCUUCGCUCCUCUCCGACAUGGAGUCCUUCAAAGCGGCGAAUCCCGGAUCGGUCCUGGAGGACUUCAUCCGGUGGUACUCCCCGCGGGACUGGAUCGAGAGCGAGGAGUUGGACGAAUGGGGGCAGAAGAAGGGCGAAUUGAGCUCGCGCAUGAUGAUCGAGGAUAACUUCUGGGUCCAGACGUGGGACUCGGCCAAGCCCGUGCCGGCGCACCGCCAGAAGCGGCUCUUCGACGACACGCGGGAGGCGGAGAAGGUGCUCCAUUUCCUGGACUCCAGGAGCCUGUGCCAGAUCUGCGAGAUGCUGAUCCCGGUCUUGUGCCACAUCGCCAUCUACAGAGUGGGCGAAGAGCGGCCGCGCGAGCUUGCGGACGCUGGCGAAAGAUUGCGCGCGUUGGUUAAAACCGCCGAGCGGAUUUCUAGAGAGAGCAAGCUGCAGCCGCGCCGGUUCGAGGGCUUCAUCCAAGAGGUGACAGCACUCGAGCUGCGCACCUCGCAAGUCAACUCGCUGAUGUAUAAAUUCAAUCCCGCGGGAGCCGUUGAUGAGAAUUUAUCUAAUUUGAUCGGGAAGCUGGUUAGCGGACGCGAAGUGGAAAUUGCCGAUCGAGUCGAUUCCACUUUGGGUAAUCGAAUUGUUGGCAUGUUUUCCGACGCGCAGAAAGCGGCUAAUAUGAUUCUUACGGAACAAGCGACCGAGGAUGGAAAAAGCGUCAAGGGAAAUGCCGCGUUUCCUCAAGCCAGUGAGAGGGAAAUUGUUAUGAGGGUCUCGGUGCCCCGACCGGCGACCUACUCGGCGGAAUGCCCGCAGUUCCUCAGAGCGGUCCUGGGCAAGAGCGAGUUCCGGCUCGUGGGGGCCUUCUCCGAGGACAUAGUCUUCUUCUAAUGUACCAUUUUAUUACUACUACUGAAUAAACGAUUAUUUAUUUC